GAAGGAACUCGUCUCCUACAUAACCUCUCUACGUGCCCUAGUUCUCAAGACCGCCGCUUCUCACUAAGAAGACCAAAACAUGGUGCACGUUUGCUACUACCGUAACUAUGGAAAGACGUUCAAGGGCCCACGACGUCCUUUCGAGAAGGAGCGUCUCGACUCCGAGCUGAAGCUAGUCGGCGAGUACGGUCUCCGCAACAAGCGUGAGCUCUGGAGAGUCCAAUACUCUCUUAGCCGCAUCCGUAACGCGGCAAGAGAUCUUCUCACUCUCGACGAGAAGAAUCCCAAGAGGAUCUUCGAAGGUGAGGCCCUUCUCCGUAAGAUGAACCGUUACGGGCUUCUUGAUGAGAGUCAGAACAAGCUCGAUUACGUCUUGGCCUUGACCGUUGAGAACUUUCUCGAGCGUCGUCUUCAGACCAUUGUGUUCAAGUCUGGUAUGGCGAAGUCUAUUCAUCACUCCCGUGUCCUCAUCAGGCAGAGGCAUAUCAGGGUUGGGAAGCAGUUGGUGAACAUUCCUUCGUUCAUGGUGAGACUUGACUCGCAGAAGCAUAUUGACUUUGCGUUGACCAGUCCCUUCGGUGGUGGCCGUCCAGGAAGAGUGAAGAGAAGGAAUGAGAAGUCUGCCUCCAAGAAAGCCUCUGGUGGCGACGCAGACGGUGAUGACGAAGAGUAAAAUCUUAACUCUCACCGCUGCUUUUUAGCUAUGAAGCGAUCUGCUUUUUGAUAUUUUUAGUCUUGAACUUCGUUCUUCAUUUUCAGACGAUUGUUUCGUGGUUUCUUUGUGUGUCAGAACCUUUCUUUGAGUUUUAUUUUUAUUUUGAGACCCACAAAAAUUAUACUCAUCUUUUUGCAAAAGCUUAAACCCGAAAUUAAUGUC